AAAUGUUCCAUCGGUGCCAGACGAAUGAAUGAUUUUCAUGAGAAAUCUUGACUUCGGGGGGAAAAAAAUCCAGCAAAGGGUUGAAAUAAAAAUAAUAAUAAUAAAUAAAUGAUCUCAUUAGUUGUGUUGCAGCUGAGGAGAUGGCGCUCAGUAGGGGGAAGCGUUUGCUGGACAGCAGCUCAUCAAUCAGUCGUGAUCUGGAGAAAUGCUCCCUCAACACACACGCCGAGGCUAAGGCAGUGAAUGCCGAGAAACACAAAAGGGAAAAUGCCAAGCUGAAAACGCAGUAUGAAGACCUGAGGUGUCAGUAUGUGCAGCUCCUCCAGGAGGCCAAGGAGGAGAAGUUUGAUGAGAGGAGAGUGAACCUGCUCAAGGCUCAGGUCAUGCAGCUGGAAAGACAGGUGAUUUUGCUGUCUGAAGGUUUGAGCUCCCAGGUCUGCCGCAGACAGGAUGUGGAGAAAGCCCUUGAUCCUCUAACACAGAGAUUAAGAUCGCUGCUGUGCUCCGCGGAUCCUGCUGCGGAUGUGGUGAUCACUCGGACAGAGCUCACGCAGCUUCUGGAAAAGUGUGAGGAUGUGAGACAGAAGCUGCACAGAAAUAAGGUGACUUUCCCAGAGGAUCUCGCAAUGCCCUGGAUGCUGAGUGGGUCGAAAUUCAGCAAACAGCCCACCACCCUGCUGGAUCUCUGUUACGGCAAGACGAAUAACCUAAACCUUCAGCAAGUGAGCGCCCUGGAGUCCAAGCUCAGCCAGCUGUUCAAACACCUGCAUGGAAUGAGACAGACCCUCAGCUUCAUCCUGGCUCCUCGUCAAGAUCCUGACAAUCCCGCAGUACACACGACUCCUACAGCCAUCUACACUCGGCUGCUGAACCAGUCGCACCACUGCUGCACAAUCCUGGACCGCUGUUGCCUCGACCUCCUGACCCUGUCUCUCAUCGUGCCCUCGGCACCCUGGGCCAGCCUAGAGCAGCGGGUAAUUCAGGAGCUGGAGGUGGAGAAUAUCCUGGCAGCGCUGCCAGCUUUUCCCCGAGGAGCACCCCUCCAGCGGGCAAGACGCGCCGCCCAGGCCCUGAGCCGAGCCGCCAAUUACUCAGUACUGAUGGCUCAACAGCAGGUGGAAGCUCUUGAGGCAGAGUUGGACUUCCAUAGAAGCUUAUACAGCCUGCAGGUCCGGACCAUAGAGGAGCUCGUUCAGGGAAUCCGGCAAGCUUAUCAAGCCUUCCAGGAGAACAUCUCUCACAGUCUGUGUGUUCCACUGCAAGAUGUCCUUUCAUGUUAUGAGGAUCUGAGAAGCACAGUGUCAGAGGCUGCACUUCACCGCUUCCUGUCAGCUUUUAAGAGCAACUUGGCGCAGAUACGAGAGGCAGUGGAUGCCUUCGGCCCUUCAAAGAGCGAAGGAGAUGAAGCCCUGGCGCAAUAUGGCCAUGAUUUCCUGCACACUGUGGAGAAGCUCCUGAAAGAGUGCACCGAGAAGAGAGAGAAAGCAGCAAGUCAGCUGCACUCCCUCCAGCAAGAGCAGCAGCAGGCCGUUCAGACCCUGCACAACCUCCGAGCCCAGAGCAAGGAAGUGAGCACAGAAAAGACCCAGGUUCAGUCAGUAUGUCCUGGGAACGCUCAGUGUGAGGGUCCUGCUGCUCAGUCUGGAAGUGCAGGAAAAUCCAGAGCUGCACCUAAAGAGCCGUCCGGCGUGCCAGCCGAGCAGAGAAACCGAGCGGUCCAGAGAGCUCUGUCGGUCCAUGUCUCCAGAAACAGCUCAUCUCAAGAAACAGGGGUCAACCAGAGGCCGGGUGGAGAGGAGGAUGGGCUGAAGAGGAGGAGUUCUUUCAGGAGCAAAAGCAGGAAGACAGCAGAUAGACCUGAGUGGCAGACCUAGACACGUUGAGGGAAAGAGAAACCAUUUCGAAGUCCAACUUCUCCAUUUUCAUAUUACUUGCCUGUCCUGUGAGUUCCUGAGUAGUAAUGUGUGUGUGGGAGGGGGGUUGCUAAUGCCUAUUUGAAAAGCCUCUCUGGGUGGAAAUGAAAGCACUUAAAGAGCCUUGUUCCGUCAAGCAAAAUCCACAUCCAUUUUUUUCAGCUUUCAGGGCCUCGGAUAAGACGAGAGGACGACAAGCCAGGGGGCGCGUUACACGAUCACACAAUGGCACACUGUUUUUAUUCACUUCCUUCAAAUAGCUGUCAAGGCAGGUGUUUUUUUUUUUUAAAGUCCUACAAGCCCUGGUUUUAUGAUAAAGCCUAUUUCUGUACGUUGUCUUUGUUUGGAUAAGGAGCGUUUACUCUGUUUAUUUAAACUGACAGUUUUGUAACAAGCUCUACAGACAACCUGAAACCAAAUCUGCAAACCUGACGGUUUUUUACCUUGUUAGUUCAUGUCCUGAUAUCAGUGUUCAAUGUCAGCCAAUUAAAAAAUAAAUAAAUCUCGUAAAUAAAC